GUGACUGUGCCGAGUCCUAUCCUAUCUCACUUGCAAAGCUGUUGUGUUUAGACCUUUGGGAAUUAAUUAUCAAAAUAAUUUAAAAUUGUUAUUUUGUAUUUUUUAAAAAGCAGAACAGGAUCAUUUGAUAAAUAUAUCCAAUUAGUUCAUUUUUAUUAAUCAAGCAAGAUACAAGUAUACUAAAUUCAUUUCAAAAGGUUCAGAAAGUUGAGGAGAGUAAUGGAAAAAAUCUUAAAUGACAUCAUUAAAAAUGAUAGCGAUAUUCUUGAAGACAAAAAUCACUACUUAUGUUUUUUCUAAACUAUGAAAUGAAAAAUACUUUUUGAGUAAAUCAGACAAUUGUGAAUUUACAUUUAUCUACGGUUACAAUAUUAAGGCAACUGCUGGAAUAUGUAAGAUAACAAUACAUACAAUGAAAAAUAUGUUAAUGAACGAAAAAGAAUGAAAAUCUGGGCACAAUAUAAGGCACAUGUUCUUUGAAAGUCAAAGAUGAAAAGUUAAAAUGAAAGAUACAGAGAAUCAAACAAAUGAAAUGUUUUCUCUGGAAAUAAUAAUAGAUAACAUACCAAAAUAACUAAAAAAAAACUUGUAAGCUUUUUUCAAAAAGUAUCAAUUAAUAAACAAGAAAAAUGGGAUUCAAGAUAUAACAAUUUUUCCUGAUAUGAAAAUGGAUAUAAAUUUCGAGGACCUUAAUAAGGAUCAAGGAAUCAUAGAUCAGUUAGAACGAAUAAAUAAUUCUGUGAAUCACAUUGAGGAUAUUCUAAAAUCUGUGAAUGAUCCAGAAAUUUAUAAUGAACUAUCCAAAAAUGAUAAAAUCAAAUAUAAUUUAUUAAUGUCCUUCAGUCUUAACAGUCUAAUUUGGAUGCAUUUGCGACUAGAAGGUAUUAACCCUAAAAGACAAAGGAUAAUGUCAGAAAAUGAUCGUUUAAAAAAAGCGAUGUUUCGUGCAAAAGAAAUCAACAAUAAGAAGAGUAAAAUUCGAUUAAACAAAGAAACUGCUCAACGAUUUAUUAGAAGCGGGCUUUGGCAACCACGGACAGCUAAUACAUUUGAAGAAACGGAAGAAAAAACAUGGGAUUGUCCUUAAUUCCUUUAAAAGAAAAAAAUGUAUUUAACUAGAAAUUUCGAAAUAAUUUUUAAUUUAUAUUUUAAUGAAUGCUGCAUUUCGUAACAAUUAUACAAUAAAUUAUUUAGUUUUAACAGAA